GAUCCAGGCAGCUAUAUUAACUCGUGACUGUCGAAGGUUCCACUUGACCUAGCUUGAAAUUCACUGUCGGGUUGUAUUUCAUCUCUUGGAACUGCAAUGGCAACAUCUGUGAAAUUAAACACCGGUGCAGAAAUGCCUAUUGUUGGUCUUGGGACAUGGAAGUCCCCGCCAGGUAAAGUGACGGAGGCAGUGAAGGCUGCCAUCUCUGCAGGGUACAGGCACAUCGACGGAGCCUUCGUCUACCAGAACGAGGCAGAGGUGGGAGAAGGAAUAAACGCCAUGGUGAAAGACGGCGUGGUGAAGAGAGAGGACCUAUUUGUGGUCAGCAAGCUGUGGUGCACCUUCCAUGAGAAGUCUCUGGUUAAGGGAGCCUGUCAGAAAACUCUCAGUGAUCUCAGCCUGGACUACCUAGAUCUCUACCUUGUCCACUGGCCAAUGGGCUUCCAGGCUGGCUCUGACCUUUUCCCACUGGACAGUGAAGGGUUGACCAUCACCGAUGGAACCAACUUCCUGGACACCUGGGAGGCCAUGGAGGAGCUGGUGGAUGCGGGUCUGGUCAAGGCCAUUGGCAUCUCAAACUUUAACAAGAAUCAGAUUGAAGCCCUCCUGAACAAGCCAGGCCUCAAGUACAAACCUGCCACCAACCAGAUUGAGUGCCACCCCUACCUGACCCAGGAGAAGCUGAUCAGCUACUGUCACUCUAAGGGCAUCUCUGUGACGGCCUACAGUCCUCUGGGCUCCCCAGACAGACCCUGGGCCAAGCCAGAUGACCCCUCCCUCCUGGACGACUCCAACAUCAAGGCCAUCGCUGAGAAGUACAAGAAGACGUCCGCUCAGGUCCUGAUCAGGUUCCAAGUCCAGAGGAACGUCAUAGUCAUCCCCAAGUCCAUCACUCCUCAGCGCAUCCAGGAGAACUUCCAGGUGUUUGACUUUGAGCUGACCGAGGACGAGAUGAAGAUCAUUCUGGGGUUCAACAGAAGCUGGAGGGCCUGUCCCAUGCAUUGGGGCGUGAAGCAUAAAGACUAUCCAUUCAACGCAGAGUUCUGAAGGAACAUACUUUACUGUUUACAGCAGAGCUACUCUCUCUACAGUAGUCAUUAUUUGCAUAUAACUUUUAUUUAACCAGGAAAGAUUCUUGAGAUUACAAAUCUCUUUUUUAAGAACGUCCUGGUCAAGAUAGACUGCAGAAAGUCAGUUCAUAGGUCAAAUAGAAAUCCAAAACAUAUUCCCCCAACCAGUCAUUUAGACUAAGCCCAAUGUGUGAAGUGGCUCAAGAUCUGAUGUAUUACCUCCCAAGUGUCCAGGAAAUUACUGUCAUCUGGGAUGACUUUUUCCUGUUCGUUGACAGGGAAGAUAUUGUCACCAGGCUGUAGUAUCAAACAUCAGUUGCUUAGCAGUACAUUACUACUUGUGAUGUAAAAAAAUUGGAGGCGGGUGGGGGUGGAUUUUUUUGUUGUUGAAGCACACAUAUUGUUGCAGAAGAGUGUAUGAUUGCAAUAUACCUUUAUUUCUGCUGUAUUGUUCUAAUA